AUGCAUGCAUUCCUCGCAAGAAACCCAACAUUUUGUCUUAAAAGUCAACUUUUUAGGCAUUUCUCUUCCUACAAAUUGGCACCCAACACAUCAAACAAAAGGUUUGCAAAUGCACUAAGAGUCCUUAACCUCGUAUUCCCCCCAAAAAGUGACACUUAUGUUGAGGGUCGUCAAAGUCAUCUUAGGCUCAUUGAGGACAUGUUGGAAAACAAUGCAACCAUUCCUCUUGUUAACAAUUCUGCUACUUCGAGGACUACAACUGCAAUCACUAUUCACUCCUCUGUUCUACAGACGGAACAAGGGUUGGGAGUUGAUGCAUGCUUCCUGUCCCAUGCUGUGAGUUCAUGUGGGUCCAAGUGUGAUUUUUGGGGAGGAAUUCAAUAUCAUUGCUUAGCAAUAACAACUGGGUUCAUUGCCAAUGUUUAUAUUGGAAGUUCCUUGGUAAGUUUGUACAGCAGGUGUGCCUUGUUGGAUGAUGCAUACCGUGUGUUUGAAGAAAUGCCUGUCAGAAACGUAGUUUCAUGGACGGCAAUUAUUGCUGGGUUUGCGCAAGAAUGGCGUGUUGAUGUGUGUUUGGAACUUUUCCAUCGGAUGAGGGGUUCAGCUUUGAGACCAAAUUAUUUUACGUACACUAGUCUUCUGAGUGCUUCUAUGGGCAGUGGAGCACUGGGAUAUGGGAGAGGUGCUCAUUGUCAAAUAAUUCAGAUGGGUUUUCAUUCUUACCUCCACAUUGAUAAUGCUCUCAUUGCCAUGUAUUCCAAAUGUGGGGCAAUUGGUGAUGCCUUGUACAUAUUUGAAAAUAUGGUGGGCAGGGAUGUUGUCACAUGGAACACCAUGAUUACUGGGUAUUCACAGCAUGGGCUUGCACCAGAGGCAAUUCAGCUCUUUGAAGAGAUGAUGAAGCAAGGUGUUAAUCCUGAUGCUGUUACUUACCUCGGUGUCUUAUCCUCAUGUCGGCAUGGAGGUCUUGUCAAAGAAGGUCAAGUUUACUUUAAUUCCAUGGUAGAGCAUGGUGUACAGCCAGAACUAGAUCACUAUUCUUGCAUUGUGGAUCUUCUUGGUCGGGCUGGUUUGCUUGUGGAAGCUCGUGACUUCAUCCAAAAUAUGCCUGUUUUUCCCAAUGCUGUUAUUUGGGGUUCACUACUCUCUUCCUCUAGGCUUCAUGGAAGUGUUUGGAUUGGCAUCCAGGCAGCAGAGAGUAGGUUAUUGUUGGAACCAGGUUGCUCUGCCACACUUCUGCAGCUGGCGAAUCUAUAUGCAAGUGUAGGUUGGUGGAAUAAGGUAGCAGGAGUGCGAAAAUUAAUGAAAGACAAAGGUCUAAAACCGAAUCCUGGUUGUAGUUGGAUCGAAGUUAAAAGCAAAGUACAUAGAUUUGAAGCACAAGAUAAGUCAAACAGCGGAAUGACUGACAUUCUUUUGAUAAUAAAUAGUCUGGUAGACCACAUGAGUAGCUUAAACCUUCAGUUUCAGAUGUGUGAGGAGGAAAAUGUUUGGCUUUUACAAUGCUAACUUCAUUCUUAGGGCCUUCUAACAUUUCCAGCAUUGACUUGCAGAUUUGGCACGGGUGGGAACAGAGGAUAGACAUGUUUUUGGUCAGUGAAUGUUCAUGGGUGAUGGGAAUUCAAGAAACAGCGCAAGCAAUAUGUCUUAUGCGACAUUGGAUGGUUGUUGAAAGAGCUAAUGCUACUUGACCUUCAGGAUUAUAAUUAUUGGAGAAAAUUUGAAUUCUGUUUGUGGAGUGACUGGGAUAGAAACCUAGAAAGCAUGAUAUGGAUUUGUCCCAUUGACAAAGUACAAUCUCACCCACUUGACUUCAAUCCACUAAGUAAUCCUUAAAGGAUGACACUUAAUUAUCAUCUUGGCAAUAGAAAAAGGGAAAAGACUUCCUUGACACUUGGCACAACAUCUGCUAGUGUCAACUUGAGGCUGACAUGAGUGACAAAACAUUGGAUAU